GUCAAUUUUCCCAAACAACGAACUCUCUCUCUCUCUCUAAACUCGCUCCCUCUCUCUCCUCUCUCUCUCUGUUCUUCCUGCCUUCGAGGACCGGAGGCUCGCCGCGACCACACGAGUGGCCUUUUGCUUUCAGCUCAAUCUCAUGAGUGUACUUAUCAUCUUGGAAACAAGGACAGCUGACUUAUUGAGUUGGUUUAAUUUAUUUUAUAAGCCAUAGAUGAAGUGAGCUCUUCCCCAAACCCGCUGGUGGCUGCCGCUUGUUUCGUUCAUAAUUAAUUAAUAAUAAUAUAAUUAAUUAAUUAUAGUAAGAGAAGAAUAAAAGGAUCUGGAUCUGGUGGAUCCCCUCGCCCUGGCGCCAGCCAUGUCAUCCGAUUCCUCCCCUACCACCGGAGCAGCACCGGAGGAUCUCGCCGCCAAGGAGUGCCUGUUCUGCGAGAUGACGCGGCAGCACCAGCCGCAGUGCGUGCGGCGCCUCCCGAAGCGGAUCAUCCUGGUGCGCCACGGCGAGAGCCAGGGCAACCUCGACAUGUCCGCGUACACCACCACGCCGGACUACCGGAUCCCGCUCACGCCGCUCGGCGUCGACCAGGCGCGCGCCGCCGGCAGGGGCAUCCUCGACGUCGUGUCCUCCGGCGGGGCCAACUGGAAGGUGUACUUCUACGUGUCCCCCUACGAGCGGACGCGCGCCACGCUGCGGGAGAUCGGCGCCGCGUUCCCGCGCCACCGCGUGAUCGGUGCCCGCGAGGAGUGCCGCGUCCGGGAGCAGGACUUCGGAAACUUCCAGGUCGAGGAGCGGAUGCGCGCCAUCAAGGAGACCCGCGAACUCUUCGGCCGCUUCUUCUUCCGCUUCCCCGAGGGCGAGUCCGCCGCCGACGUCUUCGACCGCGUCGCCAGUUUCCUGGAGUCGCUGUGGAGGGACAUCGACAUGGGGAGGCUGGAGCAGGACGCGAGCUGCGAGACCAACCUGGUGAUCGUCUCCCAUGGCCUCACCUCGCGGGUGUUCCUCAUGAAAUGGUUCAAGUGGACGGUGGACCAAUUCGAGCACCUCAACAACUUCGACAACUGCGAGUUCCGCAUCAUGCAGCUGGGCCCCGCCGGCGAGUACAGCCUCCUCGUCCACCACACCAAGGAGGAGCUCCAGCGAUGGGGCCUCUCGCCGGAGAUGAUCGCUGACCAGCAGUGGCGUGCAUCCGCCAACCGCGGCAGCUGGGCCGACGAGUGCUCCUCCUUCCUCUCCACCUUCUUUGACCACUGGAACGAUGACGAAGAAGACAAUGACGGCAAUGAAAAUGGCAAUACCAACAAGCUGCUGGAGUAAUAAUCUUGCUUCUUGUUUGCUUGGUUCUUUCUCUAAUUAUACUUGAAGUUGAAAUUCUUUGGAAUUUGAUUUGAUUGAUCGCCACCGGGGCGAUGCAUUUGCUAAUUCUUUUCAGUUUAAUCUGUAGCCUGUUCGUACAUAGUUGCUAGCUAUUACAUUGAUAAAUACUAUAUAUGAUUUGGGGGAAAUGGAACAGAUCAAUUGAAUUGAGUCAAGUGCAGUGCAUCUGAGGAAUACAUUAAUUUUCAGGCCUUUUUUUUUCUGAAUUCCAUUCCUAUUACUUGAGUGUCAAAAGGGAUCAUUACACAUCUUCUGUAACUAAAAACAACCCCUUUUGUUGAUAAAGAUAGACAGGUCACAUCAAUUUCAGCUUUUGUUGGUAAUGGUAUAUGGGAUUUGGAAUUUCAUUGUAAAUUCUGUAUUUGCCAAAAAUUGA